UACAUUUUAGCAGAUUUGUUUCUCUGGAAAAGUUGAUAUAAGACUUUCCUCGAUAAGCAAAACAGUGAUAAUUAAGAAAUAAGACUUACGUCCGAAUUACCCUAGUUCAAAUGGUUCGAGGGAAUGCUACGUGCAACAUCGUGCAGUGAUAGUUUAAGCUAUACUAACUCGUUCGUAGGUUAAAAAAGAUUAUUUUGUACAACCAUUGAAUAUGCUUACAUGUUGAUCGGAAACAAUUGAGCAUGUUAUUACUGAUACAGGAUGUGUUGGCUAAAACAUAAACAUAUUUAAAUAAAGUUUAUUUGUGCGGGAUAUUGAACGUUUUUAAAAAGGUCGAACUGAGGUACAUUUUGUGACUCACAACAUCUAUUUCUCGUAACACGUGGAGUUUAUAUAAGAGUAGGUUUUAAAACCAGCUGUUAAAUAUAAAAAUGCCGCGGUGGUCAGCAUUUCAUAUUGCUUUAAACAUAUGGCUCACUAAUGUAGUUCAGUGUAUGUGUGAGUGUCGGAUUCAAAACGAAGAAUUAUUUUGUGAAGAUGUGGCCAUCGAAAAUAUUACAAUAGCAAAAGAUGUAUUCAGCGUGCAUUUGAACAAUAGAUUUACCAAUUUAACAGAUGGUAUUUUUGAAAACGACAAUCGAUGGGAAAGUAUAAGAAAACUAGACAUUAAAAGUCAGACUGGAUAUUAUUUUCAUGACCGAGCUUUUGCAGGUCUGACCAAUCUCACAUAUUUAGGACUACAUACCCCUUGGUGGUUUCAUUUAUCAUAUAAAGUUUUUGAGGACCUUGCGACUUUGAUCACGUUUGAUUUCUCUGGAAACGGUCGUUUCUUUUUUCAAAGUUUGUGUGAUAUCUUCAGAAAGGCUUCAAUGCCACUUUUGCAGGAAGUCUUCAUCGAUGGCAUUCAAAGCGAAGGUAUAUCUACAUAUGUAACUUUAGAUGAUGCUUUUUUCGAAGCUAUAACAGGAAACAAGACGCGAAGAAUAAAGAAGAUCUCCAUGUCAAACACAAAAAUUCUAAGCAUAUCGUUUGAAAGUAUGUUUACAUAUAAUAUGUGUGAUUCCUUGGAAGUCUUAAUCGCCAGAAAUGUAUCAACUGUCAACUUAGAUCAAAUUGACUUAUUAGCGCGUUCAAUUUCAUUUUAUGGAGAAACAUGUAAGACUUUAAAGAGAGUAGACAUUAGUGGAGCUAAAAAUGAGUUGUUUCAGCGUGAUGUAGGGUAUGUAGACAUGUGGCCUUUUUUAUGCGCAGGCCUUUUUAAGUUCUUUUUUAAUAUUCAAGAUGUAAUUGCUGAUAAUAUCGAUUUAAAAUACCCACUUUAUUUGGGAAAAAACGAACCCAAAUAUUUAAACAUGGCGGAAUGUCCAAUUAGAAUUCGGAAAAUAUCUAUGUCGAAAUCUAGACUAGCCAAACUGAACGUACACACAGACCUGAAUGCAAUUACAAUUUCAAGUUUUGAAUUCGCAGACGUUUCUUUUAACGAACUAGAAUACGUUUCUCCACAGCUCCUUGCACCAUCUGUCAAUAUUAAAUAUCUUAAUUUCUCCACCAAUAAACUAUAUGUUAUGCAAGAAGGUCACACACAUGACUUUGAACGUCUUCUCUGGAAAUCUACGAAAUUAGAAAUAUUAGAUUUAUCACAAAAUGACAUAUCUUCAAUCCCAAGGUUAAUGUUCAUAAACACAACAUCGCUUGAACAUUUAGAUUUGUCAAUGAACAAGAUGCAAUCCAUCGAAUUUGUUUUCAAACAUCUUGUGCGACUGAAGACUAUGCAUCUUCAAAGGAACUGGUUUUUUAUGAUAGACGAAAACACGCAAUUAGUUUUGGACAAUUGGCAUUAUAGACCAUCGAAUUCAGCCGAUGACGGUUUAGUAAUCGAUUGGAGCAAUAAUAAGUUUAUUUGUACUUGCGAUACAGAUAUCCUUAAUUCGAUAAAAUGGAUGGAAACUUUACCAAAGGAACUAUUGGCUGGCGAUUUCAACAAUUACACAUGUGAUCUGAACGGUGAGCACGUUAAUAUCGUCCGAGGUGGUUUACAAGAAACCGAAUCAUAUUGUCGACUACAGAACGCAAAGUUAGCAAUAACAAUAUGCUUGCCAACUGCGGGAAUUAUAAGUGUCGUCAUUGUAAUCGUACAUUUGAUUCGAAAAAACAUACAGAAACGUAAAAUGAAACUUGAAUUAGUUCUUGAAAGGUUUAGAUUACAAACAUUUCCAAAGAAAUAUCUCGUUUUUUUCUCGUUCUGUUCCGAAGAUGCUGUUGCUACGACCAACCUAUUUUUCACAGAACUUGAAAAACGUUUGGAAGACAUUGUGCAUACACCCAGAAAUUUGAUUUGUAGCGGGGAUCGUAAUUUCCGCCCUGGUCAACCUAUAGGGGAGGAAAUUAUCCGCUGUAUUGACGAAUCAGCUGUUACCAUUCUUGCCGUCUCCAACUCAUUCUGCAAGAAACAUUGGUGCAAGCGAGAAAUCCAGGAAAUCUACGACCAGGACAAACCUAUUAUCUUACUGAUGCUUGAGCACGUCGAGCCAGAAGCGAUGGGACCUGUUCUUUACAAAAUGUUUGAGCGUUACUCGAGAGCCAAAUGGGUGUUUGAAGAUGGUCAGAUAAAACUCGAACCUGACUGGGCAAUUUUCUGUCGCUCAAUAAUUGACUUGUCUAUGAAAUAUCUUGAUGAAUAGAAUAGAGGAAGAAAAGAUAAUUCAAUAAACCCCUUUUGCAAUGUAAGCGGAUCACUUUUCGAAUAUAAGCGGAUAUAUCUGCAGUAAUUUGUGCAGUAUACAUCAUUGCAUCGGAUUAUAUAAUGUAUUGCAAUGAAAGAAGGUUUAUGUAUGUAUACCUAUUUUAAGUUUCUUUUUGAAAAGAAUUAGCAUUUAGUAGUUCAUGUAAAAACGGUGUUUUUUUGACACUUAACCACGUAAAGUUGAGUAGUUGAGCAGUAAUAGAAUGCUCAAAUUUAAAUUAACAUUUAUAUUUUGUAAUGUAAACAAUA